AUGCCGCCAACAAGUCCCCUUGCAGAGAAACACCUCCCUGUUCUCGCUCUCCCGCAUCCCCUCUUCCUAGAACAUGCGUGGACACCCGUGGGACCGCAGCUGAACUCCCGAUGUUCCUCCGAGACCCGCGCCAAGGGCCUAAGCCUCUUCCUAUUCGUCAGUGCAGUGGAAACACGGCCACGUGAUCCACCGCCUCCUGAUCCGCGUCCAGUGGUUGAGCGGCCCAGAGCCGUGGCAUAG